AGCCGCCGGAGUUGGAACGAGUGCGGCCGGUUCGGAGGCCGGGCGGCUGGGUCCGCUGGCAGCCUCCCCUCCUCCCCCGUGCUGGGGUGGCCGCGGAGCCCCAUGGCCGCCGUGUUCCUGGUGACGCUCUACGAAUACUCCCCGCUCUUCUACAUCGCUGUGGUGUUUGUCUGCUUCCUGGUUACCAGCGGCCUGGUGCUGGGCUGGUUUGGUUGGGAUGUUCCUGUGAUCCUGAGAAAUUCGGAAGAAAUAGAAUCCAGCGUAAGAGUAUCCAAAAAGCAGAUGAGACAAGUGAAGAAUCCUUUUGGCCUAGAAAUUCCGCAUCCUGCUGCAGUUUCCAUAACAAGGGGUAUAACACUGACACCUGAUUGUCUGGAAGACUGUAUCCUUACAUGCUACUGGGGAUGCAGUGUUCAAAAACUACACGAAGCUUUGCAGAAACACGUCUAUUGCUUCAGAAUAAAGACUCCGCAGGCACUAGAAGACGCUCUCUACAGCGAAUACCUCUAUCGGCAGCAGUAUUUCAUUAAAAAAACUGACAAGGAAGAAAAAUACUGUCGGUUGCCAGAAGAUGCUCAGAUUGCAGGCUUUGGCCGAGUGCCUAGAUCUCGUUACCCACUGGUAGCUUUGUUGACUUUAGCUGACGAAGAAGACAGAGAAAUAUACGACAUUAUUUCAAUGGUGUCCGUAAUUCAUAUUCCCGAUGAGAGUUACAGACUUUCCUGCCGAAUAUUAUAUCAGUAUCUACUUCUGGCCCAAGGUCAAUUUCAUGACCUUAAGCAACUUUUCAUGUCUGCAAGCAACAGUGUCCCGCCCUCGAGCAAUGCCUCUGGAGAGAGCAGCACUGACAAAAGCUUGCUGGAAAAGGCUGGCCUGGCCGAAGUUGAAUCAGAAUUACAUGAGGAAAACAGUAAAGACUGUGUCGUCUGCCAGAAUGGAACAGUGAAUUGGGUCCUCCUGCCCUGCCGGCAUACGUGUCUGUGCGAUGGGUGUGUGAAAUAUUUUCAACAGUGUCCAAUGUGUAGGCAGUUUGUUCAAGAAUCUUUUCCACUUUGCAGUAAAAAGGGGCAAGAUCAAGAUGACCCCGAACACAUUUUCCAGGAUGAUCCCCACGGAGCAGACUUUUAGUGGAAAACCAAGAAUUACCGAGUUGUACUCUCAAAUGCGGGAUGUAGAACCUAAAGCAUUUUCUGUCCAUGGGAGGAACUGCAGUGUAAUUUUAUGGUUUUGCUGUUAGUUACUAGACCAAUUCAAGCACCCUUUUCAUGUCUACACUGCAUACAGUUACUGGAACACUGCAUAUACACUGGUAAUAUGGACAGAAGAAGUGUGUAGGAGAUGUAUGAAGAAUGAGUUUUUUGAUACCUGCUGACUGGAUGUUCAUGAAGGAUUAGAGAUUAUUUUGACAAGUAGAUUUAGGUGAGCUAAACAUUUAAAAAGAAAAGAACAAAGGCUUACAUACAACUGAAAUUGAAAGUACUUUUCCUAUAUAAUAUAUAUAGGUUUUUAAAUGUGAAGUUAGAAGAAAAUAUAAUUUUAAUCCUGUAUAAUUUAGAUAUUUAGCACUUUAAAGAAUGAAAAAUGAAGGAAACCAAAUAUUUAAGAAUCUGUUCUUAGUUUCGGUAUAAAUCCGUAUGUAUUUAUUUUGUAUCUGACGGCCUUGGCCAUGGAAAGUGCUGGUCUGCUCUACUCCUGUUGAAGUUACUGGGAGUUAAGGAUAUUCAGGACAUUAGUGGUAAUGGACCUCCUGUAAUUGUAUUUUGUUUUCUGCUGCUUUGAAAGAGAUUUUGUGUGUGCACGCGGCCUGAUCCAAAGUCCCUUGAAGUGAUUGGAAAUAUUCCCAUUGACAGUGAGUUUUACUUCAGGCUCCUACGACUAUCAAGCGAGUAGAACAUCUAAGUGAACCCACUGUGUAUAGAAUGCCACACUGCACUUAUAGGGCUUUAACUCUUGCUAGUGUGACAGCUGUGGAUUAUGAAGGGUUAACUUUUGCAAGGAGAAGAGACUAAUUAGUUUGGCAGCGUGUCCUGUUCCAUGACAUGGACAGCCUAGUCUGUGGGUUUGCCAACUCUCCCAUACCCUUCAUUACCUCUGCGUGGAUGAGAACAGGCUAACCAUGUUACCUUCCCUCAUAUCACUAGUAAGAAAAGGAGCUGAAAGACAGCAGAAAACACAGUUGUCUUCUAUCAAAAAAAUAAAUAAAAUAAAAUAAAAAUGGGUGUUGAGAAGAGAAAUGAUGCUGUUCGCUUCUUAAUACAGGAAAGGCUAAUGUAAUUCAGGGUGAUGUAACUUCUAGGCCAAGACUUCUCCUCGGGUGGGAUGAGACACCAAAGUAAAAAUAGCAAACUCCCACCCUCACUAUGGGAGAUGGGCUUGGAGAGAAGGAGCAAUUUGCUCCCUCCUCCUUGCUCUGCCACUGCUCCACCAGCCCCCCUCCAUUCCCAGAGCAGCUUCUCAGGCCUCCCCCUUCCCUCCACACAGCACUCACUCCGUGGAGGGAAAGCCUGGCUUCAAGAGGCAUCUCCCAGCCUCUUUUACUGGAGCUGAGCACUGUGCACAGAAGGAGUCCCCAAUCCAGAGCCCUAAAUUAUCCGCAGUUUCUUGCCAUGACUCCAAAUGCAAAAACCUUCAUGGCCGGAAUGGAUUAUGGGAGCUGGAAGGUCAUGCCAAGAAGCCAUGGGUGGUCUUUGGGAGGUUGAGAGACAAUGCAUUAGGCCACCUGUGAUUUAUUAGGAAGUGGCGUGGUUUAUUAAAGUGAGUAUUGGGAUUGCCUCUGGAAUUCUAAUCUCUGCUCCCCGUCACUCCAUUGGUAACUAAGGAAGCAUCACUUGCACCAUGUAUCAAACAGAGAUAAUAGCCAGGGGUGUUGUGAGGACUGAAUGAUGUUUGCCAAGAGUUUUUGAAAGUGGAACAUGCUGGCUGGAUGCUCAGUAUUAUUAUUUCUAAUUUAAUUGUGUAUUGACUAUGAGAACAUCUCUCACCACACAGGUGCACUCCCAGAGAAAAAGUUGCAGUGUCCCAGAGCCACUCGUCUGAGAGUCCCUGGGCAGGGUUAGCCCCUCUGAACAUUGAGCCUCCUGUGCCCUGCAUUACAGAUGCUCUUUUUGGACACGCAUCUGAAGAGGUGGGUUUUUUACCCACGAAAGCUUAUACCCAAAUAAAUCUGUUAGUCUUUAAGGUGC